AUGUCAUCAUUUUGGAACGAGAAUUAUUUCAGUAAUCGCUAUUCUAACGACACAUGGGGAGCAAAUGAUGCCAAUGAGGAGGAGGAGGAGGUUGUCUCUGGAGUCCCUGUUGAUCAAAAAACAUACUUGCCAGACUUGAACGAGACUCCCACUCCACCUGUUGAUGAACCAAAUUACCCGGCGCAUCAAGUGUAUCCGGAUUACGGAUACGGGUAUGAAUCUCCGUACGUGCAACAAAGUGGAUACGGUGCUGAGAAUGCACCUGUUAAUGAACCAUAUUACCCGACGCAGCAAUCGUAUCCGGGUUAUGGGGGAUACGGGGGUGAAGGUGGAUACGGUGGAUACGGGGGUGAAGAAACGGGAAAGAAGAAUGGUUACGUAAUUGUUACCCGCCGAUCGAAAAAUAUUGGCGGUACUAAUGGGAUGGUAUGGCUUGUGUGCGACCGUAGUGGUGAGCACCGUAGUAAAGCAACAGUUAGGAAAGCUGGUAGCAAAAAAAUCGGUUGCCCAUUUUCAUUACUCGCCAUCCGGGACGUGACGAAUGACACGUGGGAGUUAAAAGUGGACAACGCGAACCAUAACCACAAACCUACGACGAGUCUGUUGGGCCACGCUUUUGUGCGAAGACUUACUGAAGUCAAAUACAAGCUAGUGGAGCAGCUAACUGCUCAAAACAUGGAGCCACGUAUGAUAUUUCAGACCUUAAGAAAGCAGUUCCCCGACAGCCUGCAUGUUCAGAAAGACGUGCAAAAUGUCGUACGAAAAAUUAGAGCAGCACUGAUGGACGGAAAGACUCCUAUGCAGGCACUGGAAAGCGUGCUACAUGAAAACCGAUUCAUUUACGACACCCGACAGGAACCCAAAACAGAUGUUGAUCGAUGCGACCUACAAAACAAACAUCUACAACAUGAUGUUGAUCGACGCGACCUACAAAACACUAUGUGGCGUGCAUUCCCGCACGUGAUGUUGAUCGACGAGACGUACAAAACAAACAUCUACAACAUGCCAUUUGUCAAGGUUGUGGGUUUGACGUCGACCAACAAGUCUCUCUGUAUCGCACAUGCCGUUAUUUGCAAAGAACGAAGGGAUCACUAUGUGUGGGUGCUUGAGCGGAUCAAGUCAAUGUUGCAUGAAUGUAUGAUGCCGCUUGUGAUAGUCACGGAUAGAGAGCUUGCCCUAAUUAAUGCGUGUGCUAAAGUAUUCCCGAACGCAUCUAGGCUUCUAUGCCGGUUUCACAUCGAACAAAAUAUAUGUAAACAUUGCAAGCAAGGGUUCAAUAAAGAAGAUUGGGGGAAAUUUAUGUCGUAG